GGCUAUAAAUAGGAGGGAUGGAAGUGGAACAAAGUCUAUAGUGCAGUUUGAUUUCUUUGGGAUUACAAAUUUUUCCGAAAGCUGAACUUGCCGGAGUCACACACAGGAAGAGUUGAAGAAUAUGGGGAGGGGAAAGAUUGAAAUCAAAAGGAUUGAGAACACCACAAAUCGGCAGGUAACGUUCUGCAAGAGAAGAAACGGGCUUCUGAAAAAAGCUUAUGAGUUAUCAGUGCUGUGCGAUGCAGAAGUUGCUCUCAUUGUCUUCUCCAGCCGUGGGAGACUCUAUGAGUAUUCAAACAACAACAUAAGAUCAACAAUUGAGAGAUACAAAAAAGCAUGUUCAGAUCAUUCGAGUACUAGCACUACCACUGAAAUCAAUGCUCAGUAUUAUCAACAAGAAUCCGCAAAGCUGAGACAGCAAAUACAGAUGCUGCAAAAUUCAAACAGGCACUUGAUGGGUGAUGCUUUAAGCACACUGACUGUUAAGGAACUUAAGCAAUUGGAGAAUAGACUUGAAAGAGGAAUCACUAGAAUCAGAUCUAAGAAACAUGAGAUGCUACUGGCAGAAAUAGAAUACUUCCAGAAAAGGGAGAUUGAACUGGAAAAUGAAAAUCUUUGUCUUCGGACUAAGAUAACUGACGUUGAGAGGAUUCAGCAAGUAAACAUGGUUUCUGGACCAGAGCUGAAUGCGAUUCAGGCAUUAGCUUCUCGUAACUUCUUCAAUCCAAACAUGAUGGAGGGUGGAUCUGUUUACCCUCAGUCAGAUAAGAAGAUUCUUCAUCUUGGGUGAUGAAUAUGUAAUAAUAUUAGCCAACUACCUAUCCAAUUAGCCAGCGGCUAAAUGCAUUAUUACUACUCUUUCGAUUGCUCAUUAGACCAACUCAUCUCUUACGUCGUUAUUAAAUUCUCUUUUUCAAUAUAUAUACUUAUAU